AGAGAAAAGAAGGGAGAUGUGUCAGGGCCAGCCUGACAGGUUGAACUGGGCUGAGGUAGGGAGGUGGGAAUUGAGAAAAGAAAGAAAGACAGGAGAGCGGGAUUGGGAGGACUACAGCUCAAUCGAGGAACUGCACAACAAAAUGGUUCAGCAAGUUCCAGAAAACAUCGAUUUUCCUGCUGAAGAAGAGAAAAUCUUGCAGUUCUGGUCCGAAUUUAAUUGUUUCCAAGAGUGCCUAAAGCAGUCAAAACAUAGGCCAAAAUUUACUUUCUAUGAUGGGCCUCCUUUUGCCACUGGACUACCUCACUAUGGACAUAUACUUGCGGGGACAAUUAAAGAUAUAGUUACAAGAUAUGCUCACCAGAGUGGGUUUCAUGUUGACAGAAGAUUUGGAUGGGAUUGUCAUGGCUUACCUGUGGAAUAUGAAAUAGAUAAGAUACUAGGAAUCAGAGGACCAGAGGAUGUAGCCAAAAUGGGGAUUGUGGAGUAUAACAAUCAGUGCCGAGCAAUUGUGAUGAGAUAUUCUACUGAGUGGAAGUCUACUGUUACCAGACUUGGCCGAUGGAUUGACUUUGACAAUGACUAUAAAACACUCUAUCCAGAAUUCAUGGAAUCUGUCUGGUGGGUCUUCAAACAACUUUAUGAUAAAGGCCUUGUUUAUAGAGGUAUGAAAGUCAUGCCUUUUUCCACUGCAUGCAACACUCCACUUUCUAACUUCGAAUCUCACCAGAAUUACAAGGACGUUCAAGAUCCUUCAAUAUUUGUUACCUUUCCUUUGGAGGAAGACGAAAGUAUAUCUUUGGUUGCUUGGACAACUACUCCCUGGACUCUGCCUAGUAACCUUGCCCUCUGUGUUAAUCCGGAUAUGCAGUAUGUAAAGAUUAAAGAUGUUGUCAGAGGAAAAUCAUUCAUUUUAAUGGAAGCCAGAUUACCGGCCCUCUACAAAUUGGAGAAUGACUAUGAGAUCCUUGAAAGAUUUCCAGGUGCCUCUCUCCAAGGCAAGAAAUACAGGCCCCUGUUUGACUAUUUUGUGAAGUGGAAAGAGCAUGGUGCUUUUACAGUGCUUGUCGACAGUUAUGUGAGGGAGGAAGAAGGCACUGGGGUGGUACAUCAAGCUCCUUACUUCGGUGCUGAUGACUAUCGGGUCUGUAUGGACUUCAACAUCAUUCAGAAAGAUUCUGUCCCUGUGUGCCCUGUGGAUGCUUCAGGCUGUUUCACAGCGGAAGUGACAGAUUUCAUGGGACAGUAUGUGAAGGAUGCUGACAAAAAUAUCAUCAGGAUGCUGAAGGAACACGGCCGACUUCUUGUUGCCAGCACCUUCACUCAUAGCUACCCUUUCUGCUGGAGAUCAGAUACCCCCCUCAUUUACAAAGCGGUGCCCAGCUGGUUUGUGCGGGUUGAGCACAUGGUGGACCAGCUGAUGAGGAACAAUGACCUGUGUUACUGGGUCCCGGAGUUUGUGAGAGAAAAGCGGUUUGGAAAUUGGCUGAAAGAUGCACGAGACUGGGCAGUUUCCAGAAACAGAUACUGGGGCACCCCUAUCCCGCUGUGGGUCAGCGAGGACUUCGAGGAGAUAGUAUGCAUUGGGUCAAUGGCAGAACUUGAAGAACUGUCAGGAACAAAGGUCUCAGAUCUCCACAGAGAGAGCAUUGACCAUCUGACCAUCCCUUCACGCUGUGGGAAGGGAUUGCUGCGUCGCGUGUCUGAAGUGUUUGACUGUUGGUUUGAGAGUGGCAGCAUGCCCUAUGCUCAAGUUCAUUAUCCAUUUGAAAAUAAGAAGGAGUUUGAAGAUGCAUUUCCUGCAGACUUCAUUGCUGAAGGCAUUGAUCAAACCAGAGGAUGGUUUUACACUCUGCUGGUGCUGGCCACAGCUCUCUUCGGACAACCACCUUUCAGGAAUGUGAUUGCGAAUGGGCUCGUCCUUGCAAGUGAUGGCCAGAAAAUGAGCAAACGAAAAAAGAAUUAUCCAGAUCCACUUUCCAUCAUCCAUAAAUAUGGUGCUGACGCCCUCAGAUUGUAUCUGAUUAACUCCCCUGUGGUGAGAGCAGAAAACCUCCGCUUUAAGGAAGAAGGUGUUCGCGAUGUUCUGAAGGACGUGCUGCUCCCUUGGUACAAUGCCUAUCGCUUCUUCAUCCAGAAUGUCCUGAGGCUGCAGAAGGAGGAAGAAAUGGAAUUCCUCUACAAUGAGAACACGGUUAAAGAAAGUGCCAAUAUUACAGACCAGUGGAUCCUGUCCUUCAUGCAGUCGCUCAUUGCCUUCUUUGAGACCGAAAUGGCAGCUUAUAGGCUCUAUACUGUGGUGCCCCGCCUGGUCAAGUUUGUCGAUGUUCUGACCAAUUGGUAUGUCAGGAUGAACCGCCGAAGAUUAAAGGGCGAAAAUGGGAUGGAGGAUUGUGUUACGGCCCUGGAAACCUUGUUCAGUGUUCUGCUUUCUCUGUGCAGACUGAUGGCCCCGUAUACCCCUUUUCUUACUGAAUUGAUGUACCAGAAUCUUAAGAUGCUGAUUGACCCUGUUUCUGUCCAGGACAAGGACACACUCAGCAUCCACUACCUCAUGCUGCCCCGUGUUCGAGAGGAAUUGAUUGACAAGAAAACAGAGAGUGCAGUAUCUAGAAUGCAGUCUGUGAUUGAACUUGGGCGAGUGAUUCGUGACCGCAAAACUAUUCCAAUAAAGUAUCCUUUGAAAGAAAUUGUCGUUAUCCAUCAAGAUCCAGAAGCUCUCGGUGAUAUCAGAUCUUUGGAGAAGUAUAUUAUUGAGGAGUUGAAUGUUCGAAAAGUUACACUGUCUACAGAUAAAAAAAAGUAUGGUAUUCGCCUAAGGGCAGAGCCAGAUCACAUGAUCCUGGGGAAGCGGCUGAAGGGAGCCUUCAAGGCAGUGAUGACGUCAAUCAAGCAGCUGAGCAGUGAGGAGCUGGAGCAGUUCCAGAAGCGUGGGUCCAUUGUUGUGGAAGGCCAUGAAUUGCAUGAAGAUGACAUUCGCCUUAUGUACACCUUUGAUCAAGCAACAGUUGAGACAGCCCAGUUUGAAGCACACUCGGACGCUCAGGCUUUGGUUCUCUUAGACGUCACCCCUGACCAGGCGAUGGUGGAUCAAGGGGUGGCUCGGGAAGUCAUCAAUCGUAUCCAGAAACUUCGCAAAAAGUGCAAUCUGGUUCCCACUGAUGAAAUAACAGUUUAUUACACAGCAAAGUCUGAAGGAAAUUAUCUGAGCACCAUUAUUGAAAGCCACAUGGAGUUCAUAUUUGCCACCAUAAAGGCUCCCUUGAAACCAUAUCCAGUCGCUACAGCAGAUAAAAUCCUUAUUCAGGAAAAAAUGCAGUUAAAGGGGUCUGACCUGGAAAUUACACUCACCAGGGGAUCCUCCACACCUGGCCCUGCUUGUGCAUAUGUCAAUCUUCACAUUUGUGCAAAUGGCAGUGAGCAAGGUGGAGUACUGCUUCUGGAAAAUCCUAAAGGUGAUAAUCAGCUAGACCUCCUAAAGCUGAAGAGUGUUGUUACUAGCAUUUUUGGUGUGAAGAAUACAGAGCUGGCGCUCUUCCACGGGGAAACAGAAAUACAAAACCAAACCGACUUACUGAGUCUUAGUGGAAAGAUGCUGGGUGUGACUGCAGGACCAGCUCCCUCUGUGAUUGACAGUCCUGGUACUCUUCUCUGUCGGUAUAUCAACCUACAGCUCCUGAAUGCAGACCCACAAGAGUGUUUAAUGGGAACAGUGGGCACCCUCCUGCUGGAAAACCCACUUGGGCAGAAUGGACUCACCUAUGAAGGUCUUCUGUAUGAAGCAGCCAAGAUGUUUGGCCUUCGCAGCAGGAAGCUAAAGCUGUUUCUGAAUGAGACUCAAAUGGAUGGUAGAAGAAGGGGGAGGAAGAGAAGGAUCAAAACAUCAGUGAUGAGAGAGAAUCUUUGAUUGGCUGCCUCCUGCACACCCCUUACUGGGGAUCGAGCCCACAACCAGAAAUUACAGAAGAAAUUCCCCUGAAGACUUUAAACACGAAGACUGUGUAUGUUUCUGUAUUUCCAACAACGGCUGACUUCUAACUUUCUGUUAUCAGUGUGGUUCAGUCAACCUUUCCCUACACACACACACACAUUCAUGUAUUGAAAAUAAUCCUUUCAGGUGCAUUUGGUCUAAAUGUGCUGCUUUUGGUCUAAAUGUGACGUGGCAUUGGUUCAUCAAGUAGCUUAAAACCUCACAGCAAUAUUCACAUUUAACCUUAAGCACCUAUGUAGUCAUGUUGGGAGAAGAUUUGAAUGUUACCUCAGCACUAGAGUUUAUUUCUGUACUUGAAUUCCUUAAGUAUAGAGGGAGAAAGUUAUUAAAGUGGCAUAAUGUUUAUCCUUUUAUGGUCUUUUAAAACCUUGAGGAAAUGGAUAAUUAUCUGGAUUUCCUUGGAUAAUUUGAUGGAAUAUGUUGUUCCAUUAAAGCAAGAAAAAUAACCAAGCUUUCUCAGAUAAUAAAUAUGUUAAAAGUAAUUCAUUCUCCCAUUGUUUAUUGAAACUUGAAAUGUAUAAUCUUCAAAAAACACAAAAACUUAAUAGUGACUUCUGUAUUAAGACAGUGGGCUAAGUUGGUUAGAGCAUCAUCCCAGUAUGCCAAGGUUGCAAGUUUGAUCCCCCAUCAGGGCACAUAAAAGAAUCAACCAAUGAAUUCAUAAAUGAGUGGGACAACAAGUCUCUCCCCCCUCCCUCCCUCCCUCUCUUUAAAAGUCUUUUUUAAAAGAUUUUUUUUUUAAAUAAUGUACUAAAUAAAUAUCUCAUUUUACUUCUUCCCAAAACCCUAUGUUUACAGAUGCCCAAACAGAAUUAGAUGUGUAAGAUUUAUUGGGGGAAACAUACAUAAGGGAUAAAGGGGGACGGGAUAAAACAUAGGCAGAAGAACCCUUCAGGCUACAAUUUAGAUUUGACACCAUGAAAAUUUAAGAAAGAAGGAAGAUUGAUUAGAGAAAGUUGAGACUGCAUUGCAACUCUCAGAAAACCUUGAUCAGGCUAAUCAAGAGUCUCUAGGCAAGGAUUCCAAAAUAAAGAGUCCAUAUUUGGGUAGCUGUUCUCCCCCUGUCCGCCUUAUCUACGGGUUUGUUUAUGGUCUCAGUUAUACAGUCAACUGUGGUUCAAAAAUAAUUCAUAACAUUUUUGUUUGUUUUUAAAAUAUAUUUUUAUUGAAUUAAGGGUGAGGGAAACAUUGAUCAACUGCCUUCUGCAUGCUCCCUACUGGGGACUGAGUCUACAACCUGUAAUCCAAGCAGUGGCCUCGCAGUGUGUGAUGAUGCACAAACAUGAGGCUGAGCCACACUGACCAGGGCCAUCGGUUCAAAUUCAAUCUUGCUAUCUGCAACACCAUGGAUGGACCUACCGCGUACUGUGCUAAAUGAAAUCAGAGCAAGACGGGUAUCAUAUGAUUUCACUUGUAUAUGGAAUCUAAAGUAAUCAGAAAUAGAACAUUUUGAUGGUUGGGGUGGGUUAGAAAGUAUAAAUUGGUAGUUAUAGGAGUGUCACAGAAUGUAAAGCACAGCAUAGGGAACACACAGUCAGUAAUGUGGUAACUGGUGCCAGACGGGCACUAGACUUAGGGGGAUCACUUUUCAGCUUACAGAAAUGUCUAAUCACUGUGUUGUACACCUGAAACUAAUAUAAUAUUGUAUGUCAGCUGUAAUUGAAAAUAAAAAUUAUUUUUUUAAAAAUCAGUUUUAAAUUGCA